AUGGAAAGGAAACGGACGUUUGGCGGUCCCCCUAUCGCUAUUACGGCCACUCCACAGCCAUUCACGCAUCGAAGAGGGUCUGUCAAUCGACAUGUUGCUUCUCCACGAUCCAUAGCUACCAAUCAGAGCGUAUUUCCUCCUCCUUCUUCUUCUCCUCACGUACCACAGUCAGUUGGCUUGUCAACGCCUGUUAACACAAAUACUGGCGUUACUACACGGAAAUGGCGACCGGAGCGAGUUGGAGGACGUCAUAAUUCACCACUAUAUGGUAAACACCGCAAACGUCCGUCGUCUUCAUCCAUUGACAGCAAUGUGAGCUGGAGUGGCAGUGAGAUUGAGUCGAGUGGAGGUUGUACCACAGUGCACAAUGAACAGGAGCAGGUGACGAGAUUGAGCUGGGCUUCGUCGGUUGUAGCGAGAGAAGAAGCAGCAUCUACAGAUCAACAGGACGUUGCUUCAGCGGCAUCACUCUUUGGGACACCAGUUGGAACUAAACUACAUGCUGCUGCUGAGAGGAAGGUGACGGGUAUGGCCGAUGUACAACCACGUAAGAUAUCGCUGUGCAAUUCUACACUGGACUGUGAUGAUGGAAUCAAUGCGAGCAGUCAUGUAAGUUCUCGUACCAAUAGUACAGACAAUUUGUUUGCAGCCACAUCUUCUCCAGUGUAUGACGAGGAAAAGAAUGGUCCACAAUCGUGCCCAUCAUUGUUUAAUAAUACGAGACAGCCCCAGUUUUCGAUUGACAAACUACGUCAAUUGCGAAGCAAUGAGUUGAUUGCGUCGAAGCUGCUGCCCACGCGUAGUAGUGUGGACAGCCUCAUGGGCUAUGUGCGAGAGCUGCAAUUGUCGGAGGCAACUUUACGUAAGCAGUUGAUGAAAAAUAAACAGCAUACAGAGGAGGAGUUGACUCAUUCGUUGUCAAAGGUGAACGAGUUAGAACGAACUGUGCAGGAAGUGGAACGAGAUCGCGAGCUUGCGCGGCGGAAGCUGGAGGAACAGGAACAACUUAUUCGCGAUCUUGCCGCCAAGUUGAAACAGGCCGAGGCUGCUAAGUCCAAGAUUAGCGCUGUCUCCACUAUUAAUGAGCUUCCAGCGAUCGCCGAAGAAGCAAGCUCACAAACAGAGAUUGGGAUUUCGACUAUGAUAGCUGAAAAGAAUGACCUCGACGUUUCGAUCUCAACUCCCGCAAUGCAGCAACAGCAGUUUCCAAUAUCCCCUGUACAGGAAAAUAACAGCGCUGCCGGGUUUGGACUCGCAUCACCUCGAUCACCAAACCGACCACUUUGGGAUCCAUGGGUAUCAGGAGGUGCGAAUUUGGCGAAGAGCCUUCCACCUGUAUUUACAAUAGGGUCGACAGGAUUAGAUCCAGUGGUGUCUUCGUCCACACCAAGUGAUCAGAUGUCGACAGACCUAAACCCGACUUCUGUUGGAGAUUACGAGCUUAAGUCAGUAUUGUCGUCUCCGCGCCAGGAAAAGGUCCAGAUUGAAGCUUUUGGAAAUGGUAAUUCUGUGCAGCACAUGGAGCAGAACGAUGUUACGGUGGCUCCCGGCACACAACAAGAGUUUAUACAGCAAAGCCCUGCUGCAAUGUUUAAUAUGGGGGCGAUGCCGUCGCCAACGUACUCGCAUGAGCAGACUUAUGCGUCGACGGGAAAAUUAAAUGCCGCUCGUACUAUGCGGAGCGAAGAUGUGGCUCCACUUAUGCAAUAUCCAUCUCAAGCUGUUUCAAUGCUUCCUGUUGCAAUGACGUCCCUAUCUCCUGCAAAUCCAUUGGAACAUGAGGAUAUUCGGGUUGUUGGGACGGAUGGCAACAUGAUAAAUGCGAUUCAUACGAGAAGUAAUGAGUAUCAAGAUCUGCAAGAAGGGCGGCGGUCUACAACUUCGGCCUUGUCUUUUGUUAGUGCGGAGGGGACAAGCAUCAAGGAGAAAGCACCGCCUGCUUUAUCAAUACCUGCCGAGUAUACAUCAGUCUUGCCGCCCUCUCAGGUGUCGGUAAAGAACGCUCAACCUCAAUACGAGGAGUCUGAGGUGCCUACAGGUUUUAUCGAUGGCACUCAAGUCGCAUCGUGCGUGCAAGAGUCUUGUGUAGCAGAAGAUGUGGUUGCAAGGACUGUCAACGUUGUGCCACCAGGUUCAUCUUCACAUCUACCUCUCCCAACCUCUGAUAUUCAGACGUUCAGACCUGCUUCUGCACAGAUUGAGAGCGCAGCUGAUCCAGUAGAGCAUGUGUCUCUAGAGACGCUGCUAGUAGACUUCUUCACGGAGGCGGACAACAAACGAUUGAAGAUGGCAAAGGUUUACGGAAAGCGGUAUGCGGGCCGCGAGAAAUGGUUGUUUGCAGAGUUGACGAAGCGAUAUGGUGCGGCGAAGGUGACAGCGUUGAAGGCUCGAUUCGAAAAUGGAAGUGGUGGCAAUGCUUCUACUGUCAACAACCGUGGCAGUGGCACCAGUGAUCAUCACGCAACGCACUCGUCGGAUGCUUCGACUCAUCCAAAGGCAGGGCGUCAAGUCCACUCACGACAUCCACAGUUCUUGCAGCCACCUAUACCUGCCAGCAAUGCAGACAGUAUGUCUGCAAUGUCUUUUCCGGCUGUCCCACAUCAAGAAAAGGAGGAGUCUUGCUCGCAGACACAACAGGUUGCCGAAGAAGGUGAUAGAUCUUCAACUCGGGGCGCAAGAAUGUCUGCAGACUCGGCAAGUUCACCUCAGAAGCGUCAGUCCGGAGGCCACAUGCUUUCUCUUUCUAGCUCUCCACCGUUGUUUUCAAACUUGCAAGAGACUGGCAAAGAAGACAGUGCGACUGCUGUUGGCACGGGUGACUCCACGUUCACGAGUAAGCCUGCUCUAAUGACUCGACAUGGAGAGCCGCCUGGUCAAUUCAACCAGUUGCCUCCCCGUCCUCAGACUGGAAUGGAUAACAGCAACGCUGCGUCUUUGGGGCUUCGCCAGCGUCAUCAAUCGUCUGGUCAUAGCCAGACACAUACUGAUGCCGCACGUCCAGAUGCCAAACGCCCUGCUGUGACCUUGGAGGGUUUGCUGAAGGAGCUGUACAAGAAGCACCAACCUGAUAAGCUGAAAAACGUCUCUAUUGUUGCGAAACAGUACGCCGGUAGGGAGCGUGAGCUUGUUGGUUUGCUGAAGGGGAAGUAUGGAGCACUGAGCGUAAAACGGUUGGAAGAGAAUUUGGACGUUCUGGAGCGUGCGAACCGUGCCAGCAUGGGUCAUAAGGGUGUCGGGAAGAAGCGCGGCUGUUUCAUUCGUACGAUCUCGCUGCUGUUUUGGCUGUCACUGCUGCUGUACUUCUCGUUUGGAGCUGUUUUUGUCAGCUUUGUCGUGUUGGAUGCGUGGGGGUGCCAUGCUUUUGACAGUGAGGAGCAAGAGUUGGAAGCUGCUGACGAUUGUCUGCCGCUGAAGAAGGAGCUGGAUACUUUUACGUACGAGCGCAUACCUGCUUACAUGAGCCAGUCACAUCCGGACGCUUGUUUUUGCUCCGAGUGGAAGGCGCGCGAAAGUGCGGUGUUUGGGACCUUUUCGUGUGCAAGCUUUGUCAACUUGGUGAGACUGGUUCCGUUUACGCCUGAAUCGUUUGGUGUACCGUGGGUGGCGACUGUGAAGGAACAAGUACCGUCGCAAGAGGUUUAUGACAGUUACACAAAGCCUGUGUUGGACUUGUCAUUGGAUAUUAGUUUAUUCAUGUGGACAUCUGUUCUUGACCUGGCAGGGUAUAAUGAAGCUUUGGAGAAGUCUACGAUUGUGAAGAAUGCUGUGGCUCAUUCUGACGGCAAAGCUGCAUCUUUGGCUGCCGAAGAUAGUGCUGGUGAUGCGCAUCAAGGUUUGGUUGAGCAAACGGCUGAUGUGGGCAAUGGACGUUUUCCCGACGACGUGAAUGACGCUAUUCUAGUAACAGAGGAGGUUGAGGAUGAAGCUGUUGGGGCAGGGCUCGGUGUGUUGGAGCAAGCCCGAGUUGAAGAGGACGUGGAUACUUUUGCCGAAAAGCUCAAAGCUGAUUAUUCUGCGCCUACUGGUCCUUCGAUGAACGACCCUCCGACUGACAUAACGGACAAUGUGUUGGCGGAGGAUGAGGAUGUGGUUUCUGAUAGCGAAGAUAUGAAACUUGCGAAGGAAGAGGGCUCGUCAUUUUUUAUCGAAACAGAGGUAGUGGAGCAUGCUACGAUUGAACUGAUCAACAACGUGGAGCUAGAAGAUGCUGUGCCAGUUGAAGCGUCUGAGCUGACCGAUUCCAGCGAGCAGGAUUUGUCCAAUGCGGUCGAAGUCGAGGAGACUUGGACCGAAGACGACUCGGUUAGCACCCUGACAGGAGAUGUUGAAUUGGUUCGUGAUGCCGAUGACGGAUUGUCUGCUUUUACCGAGACCGAAGAAGUGAAUGUCGCAGCGGAGAAGAUUUCUUUGAACGAUGUUGAGGAAGUAUCUGAUGAAGCUGCAGUGGAAGUGAACGAUGAAGUGUUAUAUGAAGAAGUGUUGUCUGAAGAUGCAUCAUUUGUAGAUGCUGUGGCGGAAUCGGGCGGUAUUGUGGAGGUGGAAGUACGUCAAGAGGGUGUCGACUUGUCUUAUCCCGAGACAGAAACAUACGAAGCGCUGAAAACACUGUCUGCUGAGGUGCCAAUAUUGUUUGUGGACCAGAAGUCAGAGCCGUUGCUCGGUGACGGGCAAGCGCUGUCUGCUUUUAGCGCGGAGAUGGAGAUGGAGGCAGCUAGGGGUGAAGAUGAGCUUGAUGAUGUUUUUGUUGGUGCAUUGGAGGGUAAUAUUGCAUCAGUGAUGAGCGAUGUUGACGAGGACCUUGCUUCGCUAACGAGUACAUUUGCCGACGCUGAUGUGGAAGUGAUGAAUGUGGAGUCAGACGAUGGCACAGCGAGGAAGGUGUUUGAAACUGAGGCGGAGGCAGAGAAUGUCGAAGAGGAGCAAACAAGCGCUGAAGUCUUAGAGGUAGAGCCUUCAGCUGAGUUGAGCUCCGACUUCGAAUAUGUGGCAGAGGAAAGCGAGUUGCCAAAUCCGAUCGAUGUCAACGAGCGGGAGCUGAUGUCAGUCGGUGAGGAGAUUGCUGGCAGCUCGCUGAAUGAAGGAGGUGAGUUGGAGACUGACACAGAGGAGUUGGAUCAUCUACCUGCACCUGAAUUUGAAGCUCAGGAGACGGAGACGACGUUUGACGAAGAGGUAGGGUUUUUAUCCGUCGAAAAUGAUGUCAACAUGGUGACGGAUGAAGAGUUUGUCCUGCCGAAAUCUGUUGUUGAGCUGUCAUUCAACUCGAGGGGCGUUGUUGCGGAUGCAAUUGUGAGUGAGGAGGGCACUGCUUGUUCGUCGGACGGUGGAUAUGGGGUAACCGAAGAGGAGGGUAUUAAUGAUCAUGACGAAACGGUAUCUCAUGCUGAAAUGGAGGAACCCAUGUCAAAUAACGUUGAUGAUGAGAAUGUGCUUGAGGAGAAAUUCGAAGAAGCUGGAGACGGGGUGGUCAUUCCUGACGAGAUAAAGAUAGCGAGCAAGCUGGAGCUAGAAGAGUACGCCGUUGGUGUACCGAAUGAAGAUACGGUAGUGCCUGAAUGGACCGAAGACUUGUCGAAUCAAGACUUUGACUUGCAGGAGGGCGUUGAAGAAGCUGCGGGCACUUUAACGGAUAUUGAGGCGGCUGGUGAGGAGUCGGGUUUGCCGUCCGAGGCUGAAGUGGAGAAGGAGGAGGAGGCUGCCAACGAAAUGGAUGAAGUAGCAAGUGUUGAAUCGCCUCCUUUCAAUGAGAUUGAAAGAAGGCAUUCUGUGUCCGAAGUUGAUUUGGCCGACGAACUGGACGAGAGAUCUGUGGCGAUCGAAGCCGCAGUCGGGUUGGACGACGAGGACACAGAGUCUGCUGAGCACGCUCAAGAAGUGAAUGGUCAUGUCGUGGAUACCAAGGAUGAUGAUUUGUCUUUGGUAGAAGGAAGUAGUCCGGUGACUGAUGAGUCCGAGCCUCUUGAAGAGGUUUCUAUUGCUGGUGAUGAAGGUAAUGUGGGCAUCGUCGAUGAAGAAACUUAUAUGAGCGACGAAGCAGAGGCUGCUGUGUUAGAAGUGGCUCCGGCAACUGACCAAUUCAAUGCAAUCGAUGAUCAUGAGGAUUUGUCGCAAGUUGAUGGACUCACAGCCGUCGGCGAUGUGACAACAGAGUUGCAGAUAGCCGUCGACGAUAUGGCAACUGAGCUGCAGGUAGCCGUCGACGAGUCGUCAGCUCCUGUUAUUGAAGAGGAGGCAAAUAACGGUUUUGUCUCUGCUAUGAACGAGGUACUUGCACGGCUUGUGGAACCAUUUGAAGCAGCUAAGAUAGCUUCACCUAUCUUGAACAUGGAGAGCGAGUACAAAGUAGAUGACGAGCUUUAA